GAUCGUUAUGUCUAGAAACUGGAAUGGGGGCGGAUUUCGCUGUGGCGUGGCCCCUGAGUAAAGCUGAGUCGAGUAGGAAUCAGACAUAAAAAUCACAAGGAAAACCAGCGAGGGGAGCAGAAGUCUAGGUAGACUUCCCGGAGGAGGUGAUGUUGAAGCAGAAAAUUUGAAGAGCAGGAGUUACUAGUGGAGAAAGAACAGGAUGCGUGAAGGUUGAGGCCGGCAAGCGAGGCCCGUUUAUGGAACAGAGAAGCGCUCGGAACGCCGAUGAAUGGUUAAUGUGAGGAGGUAGCCAGCAAGCCAGGAGACACCUUUGCCAUGAACCAGCCUGCCCCCGGGGCGCCCCCCGCACCUCGCCGGGUGCGGCUGAAGCCCUGGCUGGUGGCCCAGGUGAACAGCUGCCAGUACCCAGGGCUCCAGUGGGUCAACGGGGAGAGGAGAUUCUUCUACAUCCCCUGGCGCCACGCCACGCGACAUGGCCCCAGCCAGGAUGGGGACAACACCAUCUUCAAGGCCUGGGCCAAGGAGACUGGGAAAUACACUGAGGGUGUGGAUGAGGCUGACCCGGCCAAGUGGAAGGCCAACCUGCGCUGUGCCCUUAACAAGAGCCGAGACUUCCGGCUCAUCUACGAUGGGCCCCGGGACAUGCCACCUCAGCCCUACAAGAUCUACGAGGUCUGCUCCCAUGGUCCCGCGCCUACAGAAGCACAGCCCAGUGAGGACUAUGCUAUUGGGCCAGGAGAGGAGGAAGAGGAGGAUGAGGAAGAGCUCCAGAGGAUGUUACCAAGCCUGAGUCUCACAGAAGCAGUGCAGCCUGGCCCCUCCAUGGGACCCUAUUCUGUACCCAAAGAAGAGCUCAAGUGGCCCCCCACCCUCCAGGCGCCUGUGGUGCUGGGUCCCCCUGCUCCAGAACCCACCCUCCUGGCCCCUCCCCCCAACAACCCUGCUAGCUUUGGGGAGCUGCUCCCUGAAGUCCUGCUGGAGCCUGGGCCCCUGGCCGUCAGCUUGCCCCCUGUAGGAGAACAACUCCUGCCUGACCUGCUGAUCAGCCCCCACAUGCUGCCCUUGACCGACCUGGAGAUCAAGUUCCAGUACCGCGGCCGGCCGCCCCGCUCCCUAACCAUCAGCAACCCGCAUGGCUGCCGGCUCUUCUACAGCCAGCUGGAGGCCACCCAGGAGCAGGUGGAGCUCUUUGGCCCGGUGAGCCUGGAGCAGGUGCGCUUCCCCAGCCCUGAGGACAUCCCCAGCGAGAAGCAGCGCUUCUACACCAAUCAGCUGCUGGACGUGCUGGACCGCGGGCUCAUCCUGCAGCUGCAGGGCCAGGACCUCUAUGCCGUCCGCCUGUGCCAGUGCAAAGUGUUCUGGAGUGGGCCCUGUGCCGAGGCCCACGCUGCGUGCCCCAACCCCAUCCAGCGGGAGGUGAAGACCAAGCUCUUUAGCCUCGAGCAGUUUCUCCACGAGCUCAUUCUGUUCCAGAAGGGCCAGACCAACACCCCACCACCGUUUGAGAUCUUCUUCUGCUUUGGGGAGGAGUGGCCCGACCGCAAACCCCGCGAGAAGAAGCUCAUCACUGUACAGGUGGUGCCUGUGGCAGCUCGGUUGCUGCUGGAGAUGUUCUCAGGGGAGCUUUCCUGGUCGGCUGACAGUAUCCGGCUUCAGAUCUCAAACCCAGACCUCAAGGACCGCAUGGUGGAGCAGUUUAAGGAGCUCCAUCACCUCUGGCAGUCCCAGCAGCGGGUGCACCCCGUGGCUCAGGCCCCUCCUGGGCCAGGCCUCGGGGCUGACCAGGGGCCCUGGGCCAUGCACCCAGUUGGCAUGCAGUAAUGAGGCUGCACAUAGUGACUGGCCUGGGCUUCACGGGUGGCUGUGAGGACUGAGGUGGAGGUGCAGUGGCCCAGUGGGCACUGGGUCUGGGUCUCCUAGAAGUAGAUUUGGGCCAAGAAGGUGAGGGAAGAAAGACCAAGCCCCGGGUCUUCCUUGGAUCUGCCUCUCCUGUGCUAAUUCCCGUGUGCCUGGCUCUUGGGGAAACUUGGCUCUGAGCGCCAGUGAGCGUAGAGGGACUCCCCAACUCAGGUGCCUAGUUGCACAGGGCGGAUGGUCCCAAGGCUGGCCACUCUUGUGGCUGUCCCCAUUUCCUGUGGCAAAAAGAGCAAGGAGUGCUGUGAGCUGAGUUCCGUCUCCACCCCUCAACCCCGCAGCAGGGCCUCUGCAGGGCAUGGGCCUGAUUCGGGGGUUCCCUAGUUUGAGCCUCACUUCCUUGCCUUAUGGCCUUCUGAGACAAGUAUGAGCACUGAGGUAUCACACCAGAUGCUUAAGGCUGGCAGCUGUCCCUCCUUGAAAGCCUAAGAACCUGGGGUAGAAAGUGGAAUUUUAUGUAUUUUUGGAUUAAUAAAUGUUAAAAGCAGAGCUGGGUAUUUUUUCUCCAGUACCGGUUGCUGUUCUCCCAGACCUUAAUAUUUCUGAUGCCAGCUGCCCCUCUAUCCCCUAGCCCCUGCCUCCAUCUCAGGCCAUUGACAUACACCUUUCCUCCCAUCCCCUCACCCCCUAAGCUGAAGAAAGUCAGCUGGCCUUCCUUCCUAAGCCUUCACCUGGCUGGCUUUGCUUUCCAGAAGGUGGACUGGAGCAUGGGUGUGGACAGUCUAAACCAAAAAACCAAACCUGUUGCCGUCGAGUCGAUUCCAACUCAUAGUGACCCUACAGAGUAAAACUGCCCCUAGGGUUUUCAAGGAGUGGCUGGUGGAUUCAAACUGCUGACCUUUUGGUUAGCAGCUGAGUUUUUAACCACUGUGCCACCAGGGGUUCAGACAAUCUAAAAGCCUGUUCAACUCAAGAAACGGCGGAAAAGGGUUGGUAUUCCAGCUGCGUUUGGGCAUCGUCACCAUCUUGUUAUCCUCACAUAUACUCAUUUGCUGUUAAAUGAGGAUGCUGCUUGCAGUUGGUAGCUUAUGUUUUGAAUCUGGCUCACAGAUGUGAUUUUUCUGGCCUCAACAGUUUAUUUUUUAGAUCUCUUUUAUUUUGGGAGAUUCAUUAAAGUAGGGAGGAAUGGUAUGAAAUCCCAUGCAUCAGCUUUGACAAUUAAGUCAUGAUCAGUCUUAAUCUUCUCAUCUGUGCGCCCAUCCACGCCCCCACUCUGAGAUUAUUUUGAGGCAAAUCCCAGGCAUAACAUUUCAUGUGUAAAUAUUUGAGCAUGUAUUAUCACACCUAAAUGUGAAGAUGUUCUUACCUCAUAGUGUCUAAAAAAAAUUAAGAUAAUUGGAGAAACUUACAGUUAGAAUGGGAUCCAAGUAAGGUCCAUACAAUGCAAUAGAUUUUGUUUUAUUCUAUAGGUUCUACCUCUUAAGUUUUUAUUCCCUUGCAAUUUAUUUGUUGACAAAACCAGUUUGCUCUGGAUUUUGUUUUUGCCCAGAUGUCAUUGACUGUGCUUGUUAACACCUUGUCUCCUGCAUUCCCUGAAAAUUGAUACUUAAAUCUAGACUGGAUUCUAGAGGCUUGGUUGGAUUUAGGUUUCUGUUUUGAUGACCUACUAAUGGACAUUUGAGUUGGUUCCAUCUUUAAAGAAUUCUGCAGUGAAUAGGUUCCACUUGGCAGUGGCCUGUGUCGGUGCUUUUUAAGUCCACGGAACACUGAUCUCGUGGCCCUGGGGGUGAACACAGCCCUCCAGCAUCCAGUACAGUGGAUCUCCCUUCCUUCCUCCAAGCCCUUUCUCCCCACCAAGCUCAUCCUCAAAUCCAACUAAAUAUUCCCUUUUAAUUCAAGACUCCUUCCUCUUACUCAGCUUUUCAUUGACAUAAAGAACCUAACACUUCUCAGUCUAUGAAGAGUAGAAGAUAUUGGCUGUUCCCAUUUUUGCUAGGGUUACGUUCUUGGAAGACAACUUCUUCGUCUGCUGGUAAAAAAAAUAAUAAAUUAAAAAAAAUCAGGCAUCUCCCUGUGCUGGUCACCUUGCUCGAGAAGCUCAAAUUUUAACUUUUUUGGAGUUUGGCAUUCAUUUUUGUAAAAUUAUUCAGUUAGCAAAUGCUUACCAGGUAAAUAGGUACAUUGCAUUUGUGAGGCAUUGGUGCCAGUCAAAAACCCAAGCUCCUUAUGUCCAUGUAUCCUACUGUUUCAGUCACUGACCUUUUUACAAGCAUUCCCUUCAAACCAAAAACCUGUUGCUGUCGAGUCAAUUCCGACUCAUAGCGACCCUAUAGGACAGAGUGGAACUCUCCCGUAGGGUUCCCAAGGAGUGGGUGGUGGAUUCGAACUGCCGACCUUUUGGCUAGCAGUAGAAUUCUUAACCACUAUGCCACCAGGGCUCUGCCAUGAGUCAGAAUCGACUCCACGGCAACAGCUUUCCCUUCGAACAGCACCUAAAAAUUACAAAACACUUUAAUACCUGGAAACCCUGGUGGCAUAGUGGUUAAGAGCUACAGCUGCUAACCAAAAGGUCGGCAGUUCAAAUCCACCAGGUGCUCCUUGGAAACUCCAUGGGGCAGUUCUACUCUGUCCUUUUGGGUUGCUAUGAGUUGAAAUCAACUCUACAGCAAAGGUUUUUUUUUUUUUUUUUUUAAUACAGUCUUGUUGGGAAUAGCCCCAGUGGGUAAUGUUCCUCAUGAUCACGACCAAAAUUUCUCGGCUAAUCCCGUCAUGGAAACGAGGGAACAGACAAUUCUGUGGGGGACUUGACUUAGGCGAGUUCAGCUGCAUGAUCAGUUGACCUGCAGGCGAGGAAGAAAGAUGCCCGUUCUACUUCCACGAGACAGUGCCAUGCAGGAACACAGCAUCUACCUUGGAGUACCUGAUCCCAAAAGGGUCUUUUUUGAAUUAAAAUUUAGGUGGGUAUCCUUGAAAACCAGGAAGUAGUAAAACUGCUUCAGAGUAGCUCAUUUUCAAAUAACCUGUAAGGCUUCCAGUGAACAGUGGGCCCCAAAGACCAACAAUGAGAUAGGCUCCGGGCAUUCUUGGUAUUAGCCAGGACAUGCAUCCACAAGACGCUCCAGCGGCUAGGAGGGUUUUUCAGUCCCAGAUAACCACUUCUUGUGACAGAUACCCAAUUCCUUAAAUAAAGCAAAGUCAACUUGUUGUUGCAAGGACCUAGGCUUGGACUAGGCUUAAAGGUUUUAUUGUUUCGCCAGAAAUUGAGAGGGACGGCCAGGGUAAUCAGAUCUCACUCCUCCCAACACUCUUUAACAGUUUUCUCUCCCCGCUUCUAAUAAAACUGCUUUAGAGUAAAACUCUUGAGUUUUUGACGCUGUGCAGGAAGCUCUGUCUCACUGAUUCCAAAUACUGCUCUGGGGUUUUCCGAGUCAAGCCCAGGAAUGAAAAAGUUAGUGAUGUGGUGAGGAAAAGACGGCAAAAUGUCGGCAUCGACAGCUCCGCUGGAUGCAGCUCUGCAGACAAGGCUAUUAGCUCCAAGUCCAAUUACUCUAACAUACUAUAUGACCCCACUCACAGAAAACUCCAGAAAACGCAAACAAACCUACAGAGAGCAGAUCAGCGGUUGCGUGCAGAUGGGGGUGACGGGAAGGGUGGGAGGCAACACGGGGAUAAAGAGUAUACUCAGGACCUUGAUGGCGGUAAUGCUUUCACGGUGUCAUGUACAUUUCAGCAAACGGUACACUUUAAAUAUGCACAGUUUAUUGCAUGUCAAUCACACUGCAAUAAAGCUGUUUUUUAAAAAAAGACUAAUUACUGUAAGUUAGGGAACGAUCUGCUUGGUGGCCACCGAGGAAGGAACAUACCACACACCUAACGUGCAGGUGUGACGAGGAAGGAAUAUACCCCACGCCUGUCUAACGUGCAGGAGUGACGAGGAAGGAACAUACCCCACGCCUGUCUUACGUGCGGCAGUGACCCUCGCUUGCCCUCUGGGGGUUACCUCUGAGGAUGAGCAAGCGUUGUUUCAGGUACGAGCCACUUGCUAAGUAUGAAGGCUCUGGCAUUUAAGGCAGGGGCCUGAAUUUUACCUAGAAAUAAACUGCACACACGGAUGUAUACUAGAAAACAACCAAGACUGCUUACUUAGCUGGUCUAGCUGGGCCACUUCAGAGCUGAGGCAGUGAAAGGAAGUGAAAACAAAGAAACACUGAUUAAAUUUUAAAAAUUUAUUGUUGUUGUUUUCCUCUUAUUUGUUGCUGUUGAUUCGUUCUUCAGACGGCUGCAACCCCAGACAGAACAGUGCCCUACCGUCUAGUCCCUGUGCAGGACUGCACUCCUUCAAACAUCAAGGCCUGCUCUGGGCUCCCCUCUCCCGCCCACCCCCCUGAAGUAAAAUAAUUUCCACGUUUUUUAGUCAAAUACAGUCAGCCCUAUAAAACUCUUUUUCUCCAUAUUCCCACCCUCAUUUUUUCUCUCUCAUCUAUGGGGGAAAAAUUAACUAAGAAAAAACAACACCGUUAAAAAAACUAAAACCCAGAAUAUAGAUUUAUAUCCCACCACCUGCCUCAAUUUAGGCUCUUUUCUCCAAGGCUGACAAUGACCCAGUGUGGACUGGAACUGGGUUUGGAGACUGAGUGCACUCAGGUCUGGGAUCUCAGUGAAUUCUGGCCCUGGCAGGUCCUGAGUGUUGCCGAGGUGAAAGAAAGCAGAAGACACUCUGUGCUUACUUCUCUUUGUCUGAACAACUCAAAAGGUGGGAAGAAAUAGCUGAGCAGGGUGGGCGAAAUGUCUACUCACUUGUGUUAAAAGAGGAGGGGGAGAGAGAAAGAACAAACAACAGGAAACUCGAAGAGAUGCAUUUUACCUUGACUUUCUUUCCCAUUGCAGCAAUUUAACUCAUUUGAACUCCCACAUUUUCCCUAAGUAAAUGUUUGUUGUUUCACAGAAAGUCUGUACUUUUAUUUUUUGUGUGCACACAUGUGCGCUUGGAUGGGUGUGUGUAUAUGUGCAUACGUGCGUGUGUUAUUUGCUACCAGGCAAAUGUUUCAGUUCUGGUUUCAAUUUACUUUUGUUUUUUUCCUU